GACGUUGUAGCGGGAAGUCGACAACUGAAACAGCCGAUCCAAAAACAGUUUUUUUUUAUAUUUUUUUACUGAAACGGUCGUUUUAGCGAAUGAGUGAAAUAGUUUAGCCUAUUUUUAUAAACAACUAUUGAGCAACCUAACUCUAGACGCACUCUGUGAGACGCUCUACAGCCAUGACUCAAAGAAAACGACCCUCUAACACGCUGAGGCUCAGUCAAAGUAAACGGCAGUCCAACAGCGUUAUGACGCAGGAGGAAGACGAAGAUGUGACGUUUACACAGCCAAGCUCCUCCCAGGUCCAAAGAGGUCUGGAGAAACUUACACCUGCGCAGGUUGACCAAAAGACUGCUGAAGUGGUGCAGUACAUCCUGGUAAAAGACCAGAAGAAGAUCCCAGUGCGCAGAGCAGAACUGGUUAAAAAUAUUGUGAAGGACUAUAGAACCGUCUACCCUGAGAUCAUAAAGAGGGCAAAACGGAUAUUUGAGCAGGUGUUUGGCUUAAAACUGGUUGAGAUUGACCCUAAAAAUCACAUGUAUAUUCUGGUCAAUAAUCUGGAUACCCCUGCAGCCGCAGCCUCACCAGUCAAAUGCCCAAGCAACCCAAAAACAGGUCUGCUGUUUGUGAUCCUGAGUGUUAUUUUUAUGAAAGGAGGCAUUGUCAGAGAGAACCAAAUUUGGAACACUCUGAAGAAACUCCGAGUUGAUCCAGGCCAGAGACAUGAGGAGUUUGGUGAUAUGAGGAAGGUUGUCACAGAAGAAUUUGUGCGUCAGAGAUACUUGGAGUAUACUAGAAUCCCACACACAGAACCAAUAGAGUAUGAAUUCCGCUGGGGUCAUCGGGCCGACAUGGAGGUGUCCAAAGCUCAAAUCCUUGAGUUUAUGGGUCAGCUUCAUGAACAGGAUCCUCGGAGCUGGAGUCAGCAGUACAGAGAAGCUCACACUGGAUCCAGCUCGUCCCAAAACGCCAGCUCCAGCCAGGCCAGCACCAGCAGAAAAUAACUUCAUUCAUUCCUAAAAACUCUCCAGACAUGCUGCCAGUUUCAGCCCAGUUAAACCAGGCUAUCAGCUUCUCAUCAUCUUGGUAAAAGCUCCAAAGUUGACCUCGGUCUGGACGCUGAUCAAACAUCAGUGUGGAAAACAACGUGUUUGAAAUAUUUUAAGAAUUUACUCCAGAUUUUGUUUAUUUUUGGUGUACAUCAAAGCUGCAGAGGUCAGACGUGGUCAGAAGUUUCUGCCAUCUCACAAUUGUUGUGAGGCUUCAAUGUUUUUAACUUAACUAGAUUUUGUAAUUGGAUAAAUAUUUGUAAAAGGCUUUAUUAGCUUUUGUAAAGUUUAGCAAAAAUAAAAUAUUUUCUUUUUUUUUUUUUUUUACAAAUGGGUAUAAAAUGAUGACAAACGUCUCUGAAGAAGCUGGGUGUGAAAAAGCUCCCCUGAUAUCACUGUCCAUAUUAUCAGAAGAGAAAAAUUAGAUUUAAGGAACCUGUUGAGUUAAUUUAUCACUUUCAAUCUAUAGUUUCUGUCUGAUAAAUCUGGACUAGAUUCUAACAAAGUGUCAUUUUUUCCAGAAUAACUUCAGGAAUUCAAAAAUAACCACAGUACAAACAUGAAGUUGAUUCAGGCACCUAUUUUUAUCCACACAGCAUGGCUACAACAACAACAGCUUGUACAACAAAUGUGAACAAUGUUUCACUGUUAGGCAGUCAGUUUUAAAGACCCGGGUUCUUAAAAGUAAAUUACAGUGAUUGACUGAGAUACAGAGGUGAAAUGCUAAGAUCAUGAUUAAAAAAAAACACACCAUGAAAGUGAAGUAAAGAAAAAUCACAGCCUAAUUAAAAG